AUCAUCUUCUUUGCAAUUUCUCUCUUUCAUCUCACCUCACUCCUUUCUACUCCACAAUUUCUUGGAUCAUCUGGCUAGCUCUAUAUAUAUGGAGUGAUUUAAAAAAAAAAAAAUCAAACACUGCAGAAUUAUUAUCUUCAAUCAAUCAACUAGUUCAACCAGCACUACCUAAGCAUGUGAUUGUUGAGGAAGUUGAGGUCGAUAUAGAAAACAUUCCUUCUGAUCCAGGACUGCGACCUAACAUAAUGAGCUAUCCACCUAAUGUUAGGAAUCAGGGAUAUACUUCGAGAAAAGCAAAUAGAGAAAGUAUUUGAAGGAAUUGCAAAAGGUGAAAUAAAAAUUGGACAAGGUCUAAAUCAAGAAAUGGCAUUGAAGAGACUGGGAGAUACUCAUUGGAGUUCUCAUUAUGAUAAGAAAUUUUCUGAAGUGAGUGGAAUCGGAGGUCACGGAAGAUGGUUGCUACAAGAAAGCAUAUUAUUUUUCAUUUGGUAUACUUUUUUAAUCAAAUUAUCAUUAAUCUUGCCGGUUGCUGAAGCCAAGUGGAAAGAGCUUUUUCUGCAAUGAAUGUUAUUAAAAGUUUACUUCAUAAUAGAAUGGGUGACGAGCUACUAAAUAAUUAUUUGGUGACUUACAUUGAAAGAGAGAUGUAUGUGCAAGUAUUGACAAUGAAGUUAUUAUGAAUAGAUUUCAGUUAAUAAAAAAUGGACAAGGAUUAUUAUAAUUUAAU